AUGGCUUACCAGCAGGGACCUGCGCAGGGCCAGCAGUACUACCAGCAGGGCCAGCGACCUGCUCAGCAGCAGCAGGCGUACGGGCGGGGGACGGUGCCGUCGUUCAUCGCGUCGCAGGAGCAGUCGUACGCGCUCCAGCAGCAGCAGCACGCGCAGAGGGUCGCGUACGAGCAGCAGCAGCUUCAGCAGCAACAGCAGCAGGCCCAGCAGGCGCGCGACCACGCCCUCUUUGGCUCGAAACCCCCCGCCGCCCCGACCCAGUACGUCGUCUUCGACCGCAGGCCCCAGUUUCGCAAGGACACGCUCGAGAAGGCCCAGGCGGCCAAGCUCAAGCUCGAGCACUACUAUCAGAAGGCGGUCCAGGAGGCCAUCGAGCGCAACACGAGGCGAACAGACCUCGAGAAGCGCCUCGCCUCGGACCACACCCUCUCCGACGACCGCAAAGCCCGCCAGCUCGCGCAGCUCGGCCGGACAGAAUCGUCGUUCCUCCGGUUGCGAAGGACGAGGCUGGGACUCGAUGAUUUCCGGACGGUCAAGGUCAUCGGCAAGGGAGCCUUCGGAGAGGUCCGAUUGGUGCAGAAGGUCGACACGGGCAAGAUCUACGCGAUGAAGAGCUUGAAAAAGGCCGAGAUGUUCAAGAAGGACCAGCUCGCCCACGUCCGCGCCGAGCGCGACCUCCUCGCCGAGUCCAACUCGCCCUGGGUCGUCCAGCUUUACUACUCGUUCCAAGACUCGAACUACCUCUACCUCCUCAUGGAGUUCUUGCCCGGAGGCGACCUCAUGACCAUGCUCAUCAAGUACGACACCUUCUCCGAGGACGUCACGCGGUUCUACAUGGCCGAGUGUGUGUUGGCGAUCGAGGCGGUCCACAAGCUUGGGUUCAUCCACCGCGACAUCAAGCCGGAUAACAUCCUGAUCGACAAGGACGGGCACAUCAAGCUGUCGGACUUUGGCCUCUCGACCGGCUUCCACAAGCAGCACGACUCGGCGUACUACCAGCGCCUGCUCGAUGGCGGCGGGAACGCGAACGGCGCGCAGAACGGGCAGCAGCAGCAGGGCGCGCGCAACUCGGUCGCGCUCAACUCGAUCAACCUGACCGUCAGCUCGAAGGACGCCAUCGCGACGUGGAAGGCCAACAGGCGGAAGCUGGCCUAUUCGACCGUCGGCACGCCAGACUACAUCGCGCCCGAGAUCUUCCUGCAGCAAGGGUACGGCCAAGAGUGCGACUGGUGGUCCUUGGGCGCCAUCAUGUUCGAAUGCCUCGUCGGCUACCCGCCCUUCUGCUCCGAGAACGCACACGACACGUACCGCAAGAUCAUCGACUGGAAGAACCAGCUCUUCUUCCCCGACGACGUCCGGCUCAGCCGCGAGGCCGAGGACAUGAUCCGGAGGAUGAUCACGUCGGCGGACCAGCGGCUCGGGCGCAACUCGGCGGACGAGAUCAAGAACCACCCGUUCUUUGCCGGCGUCGACUGGAACACGAUCCGCAACAUAGAGUCGCCGUUCAUCCCGCAGCUUCGCUCCCUCACCGACACAAGCUACUUCCCCACCGAGGACCUCAACGACGUCCCCGAGCAGCCCGAAGGCGCCGACGCGGGUUCGAGCGGCAGCAGGGAACUCGCGUUCCUCGGAUACACUUUCCGACGCUACGAAGGCGCGCCGUCGCACACGCCGUGGUAG